GACAGUCGCAAAUAUUAGUAUAGAUAGAUUUCAGGUCGAUCGUAUUUAACAUAGCGAAGCCUUAGGCAUUCUUCGCAACAUCGUGGCCACCAAAAAGUACAACAAAACAACAAGAGGAAGAGUAGGACUCGUCUAGUUCCAUCGCAGCACUCACUUAUUGCGAGGAGCCGCGCCUGCACGUGCUAUGUGAUGAAGGUCCUCUGAUCGCCGUGUUGGAUUUUGAUAAUAAAAUGGAUAUCUUUGAUCCUUCUGAUGGAGCUGAUGCUACUGCUAUUGAACGAAUCAACUUAAUGGGUGGACGGGGCGGUGCUUCUUGUAGCAUUGACUUUAAUUACAGAGGCAAUAUGAUUUAUUGGACUGAUAUAUUUAUUAAUAAGGUCUACAGUUUAAAGGCCGAUGGUGGUGAUCAGGAACAGAAGGUUAUAUUGGAAGAUGAUUUGGCUUCACCUGAAGGUCUGGCGUAUGAUUGGAUACAUAAUAAUUUAUACGUCAGUGACUGGCGACUACAUAAGAUAUUGGUAAUUAACCCAGAAACUGGAGCCCGGAAAACUUUAUUAACUGAUGUACAUGAAGUACGUGACGUGGAAGUCGAUCCGAAAACUGGGUGGUUAUACUGGAUAGCUGGAUGGGAUGAAACAGCUGUGUUAAUGAAGUCAACAUUAGAUGGACAGAAUCAAGUUGUAAUAUCUUCUGAUUUAGACAGACCAAAGAGUUUAUCUUUAGAUUAUGAUGAGCAGAAAUUGUAUUGGACUGAAGUAUAUCCUGUAAAGCUGAUUAAAAGUAUUGGUGUCGAUGGAGAAAAUCUCACAACAGUUCAUCGAACAGGCGCUGGCCGUAGAGCUCCACCACAAUUCAUGACUGUAUCGAGGGACUAUAUCUAUUGGAACCAAGCUCAUCAAAGUAUAAGACGAGCAGAAAAACAACAGGUAACUGAAAUUACCAGGUACGGGAAACUAGAAGAGCAUGGCGACUAUGGCAUCACGACAAAUCUGUUUAUGGGCAUUCUUGCUAUUGAUCCAAGAAAACAGACAGAAAGUCCAAGUCUGUGUGGAGAUAAUAAUGGUGGGUGUUCCCAUUUUUGUCUACCGACAUUGAUGCAGUCAAUUCCGCCAUAUAACUGCGCAUGCCCAGAUGGAAUGAAUUUAAUGAACGACAACUCAACAUGUGCAGAUGAAACACAGAAUUAAAUUUAUCAAACGAUAUCUCAGUUUAAUCCUUAAAGCGGUGGACACACUAGCCGAAUGAUUCGGCCGAAUCAAUCGGCGUCGAAAUUCGCCUAGUGUGUCCACUGUCAUUCGGCCGAAUGAUUCGCCCGAAUCAAACAGGUUUGAUAUAUUCGGCCGAAUUAUAUUCGCCUGGUGUGUCCGCUUCGCCGAAGCAUUCGGCCGAAUAUAGAAUUCAUUAGCCAAUCACCACUCAUAUCGAGAAGUCACGUGAUAGAUUGAAGACAUAGACGCCGCCAUGUUUAAUCACGAGACGUGAAAGGUGAUGCAAUCGACAGGUUGAAUCGGGCGAAGCAUUCGGCUGUGUGUCCAUCCAUUCGGCCGAAUAAAAUUCGGCUCCGAUUGAUUCGGCCGAACGAUUCGGCUAAUGUGUCCACUGCAUUAGUGGCAUUCAAUAAUUAAUAACAAUUAAUUAAGUAUGGCUUCAUAUUGUACAUUUAUAUAUAUAGACCCUCCAGUUUAUUAAAUGUCAUUAAAUGUUAUUAAAUGAGUCAA